GGCGGCCCCCGCGGUCCCUCAGAGCGCCGAGCGAGAUGAGCGCGGGCGCGGACGGCGGCGGCGUUGUGGCCGCCGCGAGGUCCCGACGGGACAGCCCCGUCGAGGGUGGCUUCGUCCCAUCGGCGCUGGGGACCCGGGAGCAUUGGGAUGCUGUCUAUGAGAAAGAACUUCAAAUGUUCCAAGAAUAUGGAGAUAGAGGAGAAAUCUGGUUUGGGGAAGAGAGUAUAAAUCGACUAAUAAGGUGGAUACAGAAGCACAAGAUCCCAUUGGAUGCUUCAGUACUUGAUAUCGGAACUGGAAAUGGUGUUUUCCUGGUUGAACUUGCAAAACUUGGUUUCUGUAAUAUUACUGGAAUUGAUUACUCUCCUUCUGCAAUUCAGCUUUCUAGAAGUAUUAUAGAGAAAGAAGGGUUACCUAACAUUAAAUUGAAGGUAGAAGACUUUUUGAAUCUUUCCACAAAACUAUCUGGAUUUCAUAUUUGUAUUGACAAAGGGACUUUUGAUGCCAUAAGCCUUAAUCCUGACAGUGCAGCUGAGAAGAGGAAGCAGUAUGUGAAAUCUCUCUCUGGGGUUUUGAAAGUAAAAGGCUUCUUUCUAAUAACCUCUUGUAAUUGGACCAAGGAAGAAUUGCUGGAUGAAUUCUGUGAAGGAUUUGAACUUUUUGAAGAGCUGCCAACACCCACUUUCAGCUUUGGAGGUAGAUCUGGAAACAGUGUAACAUCAUUAGUUUUACAAAAAACUUGAGACUUCCUUGGACAAAUUCAGAUAUCUUUUUAAAAGAAGCGACACAACAAAAUAUCCUGUCACAGAAAAUACAAGUUGAAAUAAAUGCUUAGUAAGUAUGCAGGAUAUACAUGUUGGAAUACCUAUAAUGGAAAAAGAAAUGACGUAAAAAAAAUCAUGAGCAUGUGAAUGACUGGCAUUUAAAGACUGACCAAGAUUAAUUAUGUAUAUUCUUUUGUAUUUGAGAUGCAGAUAUUUUUAUUUUUAGCUUAGUAUAAUGUCCUGUAAUUGCUGACCAGUUAAAAGCUUUAAAGUAGUAAACAAAUUUACAAAAAGCAUGUAUUCUUAAUUUUCGUGCCUUGAUUAAAAUUGAAUAGUA